AUGUGCAAAUGUAAGAAUGUGAUAUUAAGAUCUCCAAGAACUAGUCCGAAAAUGAAACGCCGUUUGCCCGCGGUUAAGGAAGAGCCUAGGAGCCGAAGCAUUUGUAAUAGUGACCUAGCCAUAUACACAAUGGUUGUGUCUACAGCAGUGUUAAGUUAUGUGAACAGUUUGAAUGGGGAUUUUGUGCAUGAUGAUAUACCAGCUAUAGUAACCAACGGAGACGUGGUGGGGACUAAUAGUUUAAAACAGUUGUUUUUGGAUGAUUUUUGGGGCACUCCGAUGGCUGAUCCUAACAGCCAUAAGUCUUAUCGGCCCCUAACAACGUUGUCUUUUCGG